AUGGUGCUUCUGACGAUGAUUGCCCGGCUGGCCGACGGCCUGCCGCUGGCCGCCUCCAUGCAAGAGGACGAGCAGUUGGGCCGGGACCUUCAACAAUACCAGAGCCAAGCCAAGCAGCUCUUCCGCAAACUCAACGAGCAGAGCCCCACGCGUUGCACCUUGGAGGCGGGCUCCAUGUCCUUCCACUACGUUCUGGAGAAAGGCGUGUGCUACCUGGUCCUGUGCGAAGCCAGUUUCCCCAAAAAGCUGGCCUUCGCCUUCCUGGAAGAUCUUCAGGCAGAGUUCCACGAGCAGCACGGCAAGAAGGUGCCCACCGUGUCCCGGCCGUACUCCUUCAUCGAGUUCGACACGUACAUCCAAAAGACCAAGAAAGCCUACAUUGACAGCCGGGCCCGGAGGAACCUAGGAAGCAUCAACACGGAGCUCCAGGACGUACAGAGAAUCAUGGUGGCAAAUAUCGAGGAAGUUCUACAGCGGGGAGAAGCUCUCUCUGCGCUCGACUCCAAAGCUAGCAAUUUGUCCAGCCUGUCCAAAAAGUACCGCAGCGACGCCAAGUACCUGAACACACGCUCCACGUAUGCCAAGCUAGCAGCCGGCGGCGUCUUCUUCAUCAUGCUCAUCGUUUACGUGCGCUUCUGGUGGCUCUGA